AACUAUAAAAUCGUUUGAAAAGACGUUCGAAGAAACCUUAUUUUAUAGUCAUCUUCACAAAAUCAUGAAAGUGUUAAAUGAUGUUGAAGAAAAUGAGGUACUUAAUUUGUUAAGAGAAUUUUAUGAUUAUUAUGUCACUAAUAACGAGAUAAUCGCGACCGGAUAUGACACUGACCAGGAAACAUUGUCAGCUGUAUUGUUUCACGAAAGAGUUGAUUCCGAUGAUAGUUUCCUUAAUUUUUCUUUUCCGGAAUCACCAUUCAGAAACGCAGAUGAAAAUUCACAAACUGAUUUUCCAUCGACACCACUAUUCGGACACAUUGAUGACGAUGGAGAAAAUCAUUCAAUGUUAUCCAGAGAUCAUGACGAUUUAAAUGAAACAGUGGUGUAUGAGUAUAGUAAUAGUAAUGAUGGCUCGAUGUUUCUUGAAACCAGAAACGAUGACAGUAACAGUCACAUAGUUGAUGAUUUUAGUUAUAUGAGGAAUAGUCCUGAACGGUCCAGAGUUUAUAGAUCGGCAAGAAGAAUAUUUGCAACACAUCCAUAUUCUAGAUCAAAUAAUGUAGAUAGUAAUCAAUUUUACCGUUCACGAAGAAAUAGUAGUAUUGUUUUGUCAUCAAAUACAAUUUAUAGCAAUAUUAAUGAAAGACCAAAUACUCUCGAUCGAGAAUUCGUAGAAGAACGCGAAGAAGAAAUGGAGCAUUAUUACACAAAUGAAGAAGUUUAUCAUGACCAAGAAAGAGUAUCAACCUUGUUAGUUAGUGAAGAAGAUUCAGACGCUGAAGAUUCAUACGAUGGAGGUGCAGAUGAUGAAGAUUCAGACUAUGAAAAUAAUUUUUUUAAUUAUUUUAUUCCGGGAUCACCUUAUUCAAUUUCAGAGGAACAAAAUAUGGACGACAUAAAUUGA